AGACUUUUUUCGUAACCGACAGUGAUCGUCACGCGUGGCCGAAAUUUUCGCCGAGUUUGCAGCACUUUUUGUCCGUGAACCGGUUGCAUCAGCCAUUUGAGGUUUUCUUUCUUCAUUAGCUGGGUUAUCAUAGAAGUUUUGUAUAAUAAACGAAUCUAAAAAAUGGUUCUCGAUAUCGAUCUGUUUCGAGCCGACAAGGGCGGGGAUCCCGAGAAGAUGAGGGAGAACCAAAAGAAAAGAUUCAAAGAUGUAAAACUUGUAGAUUUGAUUGUUGAAAAAGACAAUCAGUGGAGACAAUUGCGAUUCCAAUUGGAUCAGCUAAAUAAGCUGAAGAAUUCUGCCAGCAAGGAGAUUGGUGAGAAAAUGAAGCUGGAACGCAAAAAGCCUCCUGUCUCAAAAUCAGAAUCUCCAGAGGCCAAGGGCCCUUACCAAAAUCUGUCAAGUCCCCAAACAUUGGAAAAUCUGAAUUCCCACUUGCAAUCUCAUAGCUACAUCAAUGGAUACACUCCAUGUCAUUUGGAUGUAGCUAUCCAUGCUUCGAUGCCUAAACCAGUGCUCUCGAGCUACCCACACAUAAACCGGUGGUAUCAUCACAUCAGUGCAAUAGAAGGUUCUAUCCAGAAAAAAGAACCUGUAGGUGAUGAUGUUCUUCCUGAUGGGCUUGAAUCACUCAUGGCUUCGAUGAGCCUUACUGGAGAGCAACUAAAACCAUUGACGGUCAACCAGAUCAAGAAGGUCAGCACACUCAUGGAUAAAGCCAUUGCUGAAACGAACAAGAAAUUGGAUGAGACGGAAAAGGAAAGGAACGAUGGUCUUAGAGAAAUGGGCAAUCAUCUUCAUCCCACCGUCCAUGUUUGCGAUAAUGAGGACGAAAAUGUGGUGGAGCGAACAUUUGGCGAUUGCGAAACUCGGAAAAAAUACUCACAUGUCGACCUUAUCCAUAUGGUUGAGGGUAUGGAUGCGGAGCGAGGUACCGUGACUGCUGGUGGUCGAGGUUACUACCUUCUCGGUCCCAUGGUUUUCUUGGAGCAGGCUUUGAUCCAACUAGCACUUAGAAUUUUGCAAACCAAGGGCUACAUUGCCAUGGGAACGCCCUUUUUCAUGCGCAAAGACAUCAUGCAAGAUGUCGCUCAGCUCUCGCAGUUUGACGAUGAGCUCUACAAGGUCAUCGGUAAAGGCAGCGAAAAGGCUGAAGAUAAAGAAGUAGACGAGAAAUACUUGAUCGCUACCUCGGAACAACCGAUCGCCGCCUUCCAUCGCGACGAAUGGAUCAAGGAAACGGAAUUGCCCAAACGCUAUGCUGGAAUCUCGUCUUGCUUCCGUCAGGAAGUGGGUUCUCACGGCCGCGAUACCCGCGGCAUCUUCCGCGUCCAUCAAUUCCAAAAGGUGGAACAAUUUUGCAUCACCUCGCCGCACGAUAACUUGUCGUGGCAGAUGAUGGACGAAAUGAUUGGCAACGCUGAGGCUUUCUACCAGGCCCUCAACAUCCCCUAUAGAAUUGUCAACAUUGUUUCAGGAGCGUUGAACAAUGCUGCUGCCAAGAAGCUCGAUCUUGAAGCUUGGUUUCCAGGCUCAGGUGCGUUCCGCGAAUUGGUCUCGUGCUCAAACUGCCUAGAAUAUCAGUCACGCCGUUUGCUCAUUCGCUACGGUCAGACUAAGAAAAUGAACGCCCAGACGGAUUAUGUGCACAUGCUGAACGCUACGAUGUGCGCCACUACUCGCGUUAUUUGCGCUAUUCUGGAACUAAAUCAAACGGAGACUGGAAUUAAAAUUCCCGAAGUGCUGAAGUCUUUCAUGCCUCCUGCGUACGCUGAAGAGAUCCCGUUUACUAAACCGGCGCCGAUUGACGAAAUGGAGUUGAAAAAACAGCAGAAGAAAAAGUAAAGAAACGGCAAACGGACCAAAUAAAACGAAGAAAACUGGAAUGAACCGUUUCCCGACAUCGCCCACGAUUUUGUUUGCAUUACCCUUUUUUUUGUUGUUGUUGUUGCUAUUUCGCUGCGGGGUACUCCUACUAUAUCCCUGUUCCUUUUCAACUUCACUCCCGUUGGAAAGAAGAAUAGCAAACAAAACGGUAGGGUGAUGGGGGGGAAAAAAGAAGGCAAUUAUGCAUAGGGCCUAUUAUUGCCGGAUUUGUUUUCUUUCCUAUUUUUAUUUGGAACACACGUGUGUGUCGAUUCACAUCAUACACAAUGAAAUGCAUAAACGAUGGGGGAUGGAUUGGUAUUUUUAAAAAAUUAAAUAAAAUGAUGUUGAAAAAGGGAAA